GUCGAUCAGGCAGCAGCAACAUGCUUAAAAUAUCCUCCUAACCAGGAAGGGUGACUUCACAUCUAUUCAACAGCAUCUACAUCAUCCGUCGAAGGGCAGCAGAUAUUGACGAGAGCAAAUAGCAAGUACCAGAACCAUCAUGGGCAACAAAGUCCACGUUACUGAGCACACAGGCGCAUACAAUGCAAUCGCACAAAUCUCCACACGGACUUCAAUGUCUCAAGAUUCUGUUCAGCGAAUAUGACAGCUCUAACCCCAGUCGCAUGGCACUGAACGACCUUCUCACGGUAGACUUUCAGGAUAAUACGAAUGGCAGCGACAGGAAUACAGGUCGUGAGGAGACUAUAGAGACCAUCAUGUCCUCCCGAGCAAAAUGUACCAGGCACCAAAUUGAUCUCAAACAUGCCUGGUGCAUAGAAAACUCCGGCUCGAGUCAGACGGUUUUCUUUGAGGCGGUGCGAUUCAUGGUUCUCGACGGCGACGAGGACUGGACGAGGAUACCUCUGUCUGGUCGCAUUGAGGUCAAAGUCAAAGAGAAUAGAUUCAAGCUCAAAGAUGCCGUCGCCCAGAUCUCCAGUCGGAGGAUGACAUCCGACGCCAGCCAGCUGGUCAAGAGAGACUUGUCCAGAACAGCAACAACGACAACUUUGCCCAUGAGCCCAGCUCAUACGUCGUCUGUUGAUCUACAACCCUCGACCAGUCAACUCGUGCUAGCAAACGUCCCAGAACUGCCAGCUGCCAACAAUACUCCAAGCGACACCAAAUCCCCUCCUUCUUAUCGGAAAUCACAGUCCAGUAAAGAUGGGCCGACGCGAACUCCAACGGUGACGUCUGGGAGUUCGGUGGAUGCAGUUGAGAAGCCUCUUAGUCCAUCUUGAAUAUAUCGAUCACGAAAGAAGGCGUAAUUGGACCUCGGAGCUAUGGAAGGCACGGAUGACCAAGAGCUGAAGGCUGCGGUCAGAUUUGUCUCAAAUCUUUUGGGCCUCAGGGAAUUCAACCGCUGCCGUGAUAGGAUAGUUGGGGCGCUUGUG